AUUCUAUUUGAUAGCAUAAUUUUAAAUUAUAUAACAAUAAUAAAAAUUGAACAUGCAACGCACGUUGUCAGAAACUAGUAUUACGUAUAUAAUGAUAUUUGACGUUUAGAUCUCAAUUGUAUCGGAGAAAUUUGCAUUAAAUGAACGGAGGCUAUAUUUGUAAGACUCUUCUUUUCUUGUGGGGACAAAAUACCACACCUAGCCCAGUAAAAUUAUAGUUGGGCCUUCCUACUUGAGGCCCAAAGUACUUAUCCAUUUGAACUCUUGGGCCUGAUUGCACCAUAGCCCACAUCAACACAAAAAAACUCCAAACAGAUACCUUUCCUGCAGCAUGAAUAGAAACAAGACACAUACCUUACCUCCAAAACCAUCUUAUACUGAAAAAUAAUCAAGAAAACAGAAAAAAGACUUAUCAAUUUGGUUAAAGCUUGUCCUUUCAUCUUAGCUUCCUAACCACACUUUCUCUACCUCUUAUGGACUGGGAUGGGAUAGAGGUGGAUUCACGGAUACAAAUUUGGUAGAAUUCAGUAUUUUAAUUCAAGAUCAAACGUUGUAGUAUAUAUGUGCAAAAGUAAUAAAUAUAGGUAGAUAUACAUUUCAAGACGUGUAAAUUCUUGAUUCGCCGCGAGGAUGUUGAGAAAAGAAUGACUAGGAAGGUAUGAUAGAAAACGUCUAUUGCUUUUGGAGAAGUUAUUCCAAACAUAGUUGCAAAGAUAAUGUAUAAUGCUGGAAACAGCAAAUUUAGUACAUUAGUCUCCCUCUUUAAAAGUAAACUCUACUAACUUUCUGGUUAAUUUUUUCUCAAGUUUUAGAAAGUGUCAUCAAAAAGGGAUUAGCAUUUGUAGGACAUAAAUAAACUUCAGCAGGCUUGCUCCAAAAAUAGAAACUAAGUACUGGUCCUGUCUAAGCCAAAAACGCACAUAGACAAGGUUUAAUAGUAGCUAAGUUUUCGUCACCAGGCACCGAGACAGGAACCUGCAGUAAUACUAAUUGUUUAGCCAGAUGAAAAGGAACAUUUAUGACUUGGGUGAUGGAGAAUUUGCAGCAGCAAUUGCUGCUACUGCGUUUGCUAUACGUUCCCUUGAGGAAAAUGCUGGCUCUCAAAAUCAGACAAAAGCAAAAAGACCUGUUAUUAGGCCACCAGAAGCAGCUCCAAUGAGAAGGACAUCCACGAUGAAUCGUAAAACUUCAGCAGAAAUAGUCAGUAUAACUCCAGUAGCUAAUGAUAAAAUGCAAAAGGGGAUUUCAAGAGGAAGCAGAAAUGCUGAAAACAAAGCUGAUGCUUGGGAGAAAGCUCAGAUAGCCAAAAUAAGAAAGCGACACGAUGAGCUUCUUUCUGCGCUUCUUGCUUGGGAGAACGAAAAGAAGAUGAUGGCAAAAGAACAAAUGGAAAGGAGAAAGAAUCAAGUGGAGCUUGCUUUGAAAAGGAACUUGCAGCAUUACAAAAACAAACUAGCGAGAAUUGAUCAUAUCGCCAAAGGAGCAAGAACACAAGCAGAAGAGAAAAGAAGAUAUGAAGAAACCACAGUGAAAGAGAAAUCAAAUAAGAUUAGAUCAACAAGGACUGGACCUGUUACAUGUUACUGCUUCUAACUGUAAAAAGUGUACAAAACCAGAAAAUGAAUCCUCUUAAACUAUAUUUACACAAGAAUUGUACUCAACUCAUUGAUUUUAUAUUGAAAUCUGUCUUAAGAAUUAUUUCCCCAGUGUGCAAUGGUUGGUUUAUAGCAAUCGAAAAUGCAUUAAUCC